GCGCCGCGGCUGUGAUAGGCAGAGAGCGCAAUAGGGAGAAAUGAGUAAGAGCCAGAGCUGAAAUAGUGUACGGCAUAAUUCCUGCUCUGUGAUCACAGAUACUCCGAGUGAAAAAAAACAGGAGAGGGGGCAGAGAGAGGCGGUGAUCAGCUCAACCUUUGCAACCGGCUCAGGACAAGACGUCUAUAGAUUUUUAUAGAUAUUAAAACAAAAACAACAACCUUGCCCUGAAUAGAGCCUUUCUUAAAAAGAAGGUCCUGGCAAUUCUGUCUUAUUUAAGCAAUUUCCUGAGUCUAAGAAUAGAAAUGAGCUGCCUGGAAGGCACUGCAGGCUGAAAUUUGGAGACAUAGGCUGCUUUAUUUUAUUUUUCCAAAUAUAAAAGCCUUCCAUGUGGAUACUGGAUUUUUAUGUCAGUCUCUGAGGCGGAGGGAUGUAUGGUUACUUUUAAUUUUACUUUUUUUUUUCUCUCUCUCUCUUGUAAUUUUAAAAAACUGUCUUCCAGUAAAAAGCAAGGAAACCGUUUUACCUGCAUGUGACAAUCCCAGAGGACACAGAUCAAGAAACGGGAGUGAUUUGGUCUUCUGCACUACUUUACUCCUACCCCUAUUUUUUUAGGGGGAGAGAAGGAUUUUUCCAGCCUGAGAAUCUUUUGCCCCCAAGUUUUGGAAGGGGCUUGAAGACUUGUCCCCCAUCUGGGGGUGCAUGAAGGGUAUUGAUUUUCUUUCUCUGUUAACUUGGUUUUGUGAAGGGUUGGAAGAAGAUUUUGCCUUCCUGACGUGCCUGGAACAAGAGGAUGAUUUGGAAGUGGCUGGGCGCUUUGCUGCUUUUCCCAGUGCAGAUGGUUUAUUUGGUGGUGAAGGCUGCCGUGUGCAUGGUGCUGCCGCCCAAGCUCCGCGACCUGUCCGGGGAGAGCGUGCUCAUCACUGGAGGGGGCAGAGGCAUUGGCCGCCAUCUGGCCAGGGAGUUUGCUAAACGAGGAGCCAGAAAGAUCAUCCUGUGGGGUCGAACAGAGAAAUGCCUGAAGGAGACUACAGAGGAAAUCAGGAUGAUGGGGACAGAAUGCCAUUAUUUCAUUUGUGAUGUAGGAAAUCGAGAGGAGGUCUAUCAGCAAGCCAAAGCUGUGCGGGAAAAGGUGGGUGAUAUCACUAUCCUGGUGAACAAUGCUGCUGUGGUCCACGGUAAGAGCCUGAUGGACAGCGAUGAUGAUGCACUGCUCAAAUCACAACAUAUAAACACCCUGGGACAGUUCUGGACCACCAAAGCAUUCCUGCCAAGGAUGCUGGAGCUGCAGAAUGGACACAUUGUUUGCCUGAACUCUGUCCUGGCCUUGUCAGCCAUCCCUGGUGCCAUUGACUACUGCACCUCCAAAGCCUCAUCCUUUGCCUUUAUGGAGAGCCUGACCUUGGGGCUGCUGGACUGCCCAGGAGUGAAUGCCACAACAGUCUUGCCCUUCCAUACGAGCACAGAGAUGUUUCAGGGCAUGAGAAUCAGGUUCCCUAAUCUUUUUCCUCCUCUCAAGCCAGAGACAGUGGCUAGGAGGACAGUAGAAGCUGUUCAGAUGAAUCAAGCUUUCCUGCUCCUUCCAUGGACAAUGCAUGUUCUUGUCAUCCUAAAAAGCAUUCUCCCUCAGGCAGCACUUGAAGAAAUCCACAAGUUUUCUGGGAGCUACACCUGCAUGAACACUUUUAAAGGACGAACAUAGACUUGGUGGUGCAAGGACUAUUCUACUAUUCUUCAGUGAAACCAACAACACAAGCAUGAAAAUCCUGACAAGACUGUGAAUCAGCAGUCUUGGCUUUUAGCCUGUUCAUGUGACUUGUGCUGCUCUGAGGCAACACAUUUCUUGCAGGUCAUAUCCAUAGUAACAUGACCUUUGCACAGGACUGAAUGACUAGACUAUGGACCCUUGGAAAGAAAAACAGAAAGUGUGAAAUGUUUAUACGAUGUUUAAUUCUUUAGAGUUCAAUUGUUAAAUCUACUCAUAUUUUUAAGAUGUAAUUUUUGUUUCUGAAGUGUCUGUAGGCUGUCUCGGCUGAGAGGCAGCACAUCACACCCCUAACAUACUUUAUUCCCUCUUUUCAGAGGAACUGCAAUUACGAACUGCUACUGGUUUCAUUUCAGCUUUUUCAAUGGGGAACUUAAAAAAUACUUUGACGAACUAAAAGUUAUGGACAUCUAAUGGAAACUUACUUCCCUUCCUUCACUUUACAUCCCCUAAUGAAGCUGUUCCCAGCUCACAUCAGGGAAGGAAGGAACAAAGUGUGGAGUAAUCUUUUCUUUGUUAAAGGCCACCAAGGACUUCUGCCUGGAAGGACUGUGCUGGGUGCAGGAAAGCUGUCUUACUUCACCUGCGAAGGCUGGAGAGGAAUGCUCAGUCAGAAGAGCAGACAGUUUGAAUAGAAGAUGCUUUCUGUCACUGAACUCAUACAUGGAAUUUAAUUGUCUUUCUGAAUAUUUUCAUUCAUUUAUGAUAAAAAAAAAAAAUAUAUAUAUAUAUUUAGCAUUAAUCCCAGAUUGCCACGCUGCAUGUAGGCAGCAUCACAUUGGGGAUGAGCUAAAUCUAGAACUAAAACUAGAGCCUGCCUGUACAAACAUACAUUCACUGACAUAAUCCAUGCAGAGGAAAAUCCAUUGUAUCAAUCUGCACAGUGAAGUAAGUGGAAUAAUGCUCUAAAAAUAGAAGAGACAGUACUGUUGUGCUCAUGAAAUGUGAAGUUUGGAAGCACAGUUAGCAAAGACCUGAUUAAAUGCACAUUGAAUUCAACUGGGAAUAUCCCCAUUGUUUUUCAGGGGCAUUGAAUCAGGCACUGAUCAGCCAAAAGCGAUAAAUACUGCUUGGACUGAAAUGGCAGAAGCAGCUAGACAUUAUUUAUUUUUGUAAUGAUAUAUUCUCUUUGACAGCCUAGUAAGAGCAACACUGCAUUCCUAUGCCAGAUGCAGUGUGCAGCACUAGGCAUAGUAAUGUAGCUGAAACCUAUUGGAACACUACUAAAAGAGGAAUUAAUAUAAUUGCAAUACAGGAAAGUAGCAAGCCUAACUGGAGAGCACCUGAACGAAGUGCCUCAAGGAAGGCCACGGGGUUAAAGUAAAGGAGUGAAUUUAGGGCUCCUGACUUGAAUUUCGAGCUUUUCCAUAGACGUCCUGCAUGACCUGGGGCAAACUGCAUAAUUUCAAGGUGUGCCCUGACCUGCAAAGCAGAUAUUUCUAGUGUUUCCCUACCUCUUAAGCCUGACUACCUAAAUGUUUGUUGAAAGCUCAGCAAAUUCAAAUGGAACAUGCUAUAGAAAGGAAAAGCAGUACUUGCUCAUAAACCAAGAGGUUUGAAACAAAAAUUUAGAAGAGGAUAAACCCCAUAUGCCAAAAUAGAUAACUUCCUAAAAGAGAUCUAAGUUCAAGCAGAAAAGCUAUGAGCUGUAUUUGAAAUAUUCCUUUGGUUCUGCCAUGUAGAAUGGAGACCAACUACUUAGGUGUAAUGGUGUGAAUAUUAAAAUCUGAAGAUCUGAGCCGUACUGUGAAGCAGUAGCUAUCUCUCUUCUUGAGCAGUUUGGGAGGAAGGUGUUGGCAGAAGUGCCACUGCGGCAGGCCCCGCUGCCUGCACCGGUAUGUUGAGGAGCUCUCCUGUCUGGGUCAGUGCUUUCCUUCUGAGUUCAGAACAUGUAAGCUGUAGCACUGUGCCAGCUUUGAAAAGGUUUCUUACAAUGGAGUUUUGUUUUGAAUUCCUAGAUGUCUGAGGCUCUCUGGAGAGGAUGAAAAGAAACUUUGAUCUCUGUGAUUUUGACGCCCACCCUAAUAGAAGCUUUCAGCUUUAUUUUUUGUCAGUUUUGAGAAGAAACCCAGUUCAUUGAAAUCACAAGUGCAAUGAGGGGAGAACCCUUCCAGGAUCUGCUAGGAAUACUGAAGGUACCAUGUUUAUGAAGAGAUGCUUGGGAGGGGAAGGGAUCAUUAUACAUACCCCCCCUCAUGCACUCUAAUCCUUUCUAGUUUCUCAUUAAUCACAAUCAGGCAUGCCAGGCCUGUGGAUGCAAGAGCAAACAGAAUUGGUGAGAGAGGGCACCCUGCAGUGCCCCCCUUAAAUUAAACCUUUAUGCUGAAAUUCUAUUCAUUGAUAACAUUCUAAUGCAACAGUGAGGUAAAAACUAGUACACCCUUUGACAUUAAAUCCCCGCUCAUCCCCAAAAUCCUGUCCCUUAGAUGAAUCUGCUCUUUGCCGGCACUGCAUAAAAGAUGUUCAGAGGUUGCCUUACAUGUUGAUUUCUUUCUAAUGAAUAUAAACAAGUCGGGCGGUAGCUGAGACUCUCAUCAUCUCCCUCCUCUCCUACACACACACUCACACACACACAGACUUCCCUCUCUUUCCCUCAGGGUCUCUGGGUGGACAGCAGGUCAAAUAGCAGGCACAGUGGGGGAGAGGUAUGCAGCAAACAAAAUGAUGAGGAAAACACUGACUUUGCUUUUCAGAUAGUAGGGAGGAGUUGGGUAGGAGGCUUUCUUGUGAGUAUUGUGAGAUAGAAUGCUUUCCAUCCAUUCAGCUACUUGCAAAUUUGGAUGGAUACAUUUGAAGACUUUUUUUUUGUAACAGAAAGGCUCCUCUGGAAUGCCUGCUGAGGUCUACUGUCCCUUUUCACAUAAGGUUAGUAUUGGGUAAUCUUGAAGUGCUGCAAAUGUCGACAAGCUUUGUUGAAGCCUAAGGCCUUCUCAAAGGAAUUUCCGCCCUUUGACUUAUUUUAAUUUUGGUUUUCCCUGCUCUCUCCACCGCCUCCUGCUUUCCACUGCACAAUUAUUUUUUUUCCUUCUGUUUUCCUAUGUCAUCACUGCACUUUUCAGUGCCACCAUCUUGAAGCCAGAUGUCAUACAAAGAGUCUGGAGUAAAUUGAAAUCAUGGUAUAUAUUUAUUAUCCUGCUGGAGGAAUCUAGGUGAAGUUGUAUGAGCAGGUCACAGAAGUUUCAUACUAAAUUAGUUUUACUUGCUCCGAUCUGGGAAGAAGGAGACAACCCCUUACUGUCAUUUUUAUACAGGAGAUUGUUGCUGGUUUAAAAUGUGAAUGAUACAGAAAUGUUAGCCGUUUUGGGACAUACGUUCUCCUGACAUUAAAAGACCUUAUUUAAAUGGGA